UUAACGCGCACUUUCUUGUAAAUAUCUGUUUUAAAAGAAGGCAACCUUACCUAAUUAGCUUGCGAUGAUUCUGUUACAAUAUUUGAAUUUAUUAUUUUCUAUCGCUAAAGGUGAUAACCAGCCUACAGUUGAUGUAGUAUAUUUUGAACGAGCGAUAGAAGCUGUAGCAUAUCCAUAUUACAUGAUAUUGUUGAAUAUGGGCACUUGUAAAGAUCGUCUUCUUUUCAAUGAAGAAAUAGUAUGGGGAGGCUCUCACUUGAAUAGAAUUAUAGAUAUUUACUACAAAAGUGAGAGUAAAGAUGCAGUAGUGUCAUCGGUCGUUGUAAGAUUAAUUAUAAAUGACACGGAUUUCUUGGGUUUUUCCGAGUUGGGCGUUGGAUUUGCCGAAUAUUCAGCGAAUAUAUUUUUGCCUGUCGACACAGGUCCCUCUUAUUACGACUUAAAUAUAUUUUCAUGUAACUAA